AUGAACGACGGAACACUUGUUAUUCUUGGUUGUUUAGUGCUUUUUUUCUCUUUGAAAUGGGUUUUUUCUGGCCAUAGAACAGCAAAUACAAGACGUCUAAGAAAUCGUCGAAAUGUUUCGCAAAAUAUGAUAGAAAUUAUCCAUGCAAUGUUUCCAAAUAUUCCUAUUGAAUCGAUAGAGUAUGAUCUUGGAAGGACAGGAUCAGUAGAAGCCACUACAGAGACAUUGUUAACACAGGGUCGACUACCAACACCGCCACCAUCGUUUGUUCCACAUAUGAGUCAUCAAAUUUCCGCACGUAUUUCAUCUCUUGAUAAAAAACCAAAUUUUUCACAUGAUGAUUUAAUUAAACGCUAUGAUCUUUAUUCUCGUAUUAAAGCAGAAGAAGAAUGGUCAGCUCGACAAGAAGAAGUAUAUAAAUGGUAUCCUGAUAAAGAACAACGAGAAGCACAACUUCGUCGAAAACGUGAAGCAAUGAUUUUAAAUGCUCGACGUUGUCUGAAAGAAAAAGAUAAACAAGCCCUAAAUAAAGAUGCUUUAAGUAACAAAAAUGAAAUAUUAUAA